AUGCAAACCAUGUGAGUUUCUACAGUUUUCCGUUUUCGUUUAUGAAGUACUCUCUCAAGUUUUUAUUAUGUCUUAUUCAUCGUUAGCGUUAGACAAACAAUUUGAGAAAUAUAUCCGGCUUAGAAAAUAGCUAUAGUAAGUUGAAUUCAAAUUUCAACAAAACCCUUCAAAAUUCAUAUUUUUUUUUACAGUGUUGUUCACCUUCUCUAAGUUCUCAUUGAGCUCCAUUUUUUUCAAUUUUUUUGAAUAUUUUUUUAGCUUGACUCAAAAAUUCUCAUCUUUCUGCAACUAAUAGAUCCUUGUUUAACUGAACUUGAAUGCCUUCUGCUUUUUAAUUUUUUUAUAAUGCUUUAUUAAUUUAUUUUUGAAAAAAAGCUUUUUCUUUUUUUCAUAUUGUAUAACUUUCAAGCUCUAUAUGUGCCGAAAAAUUCGAAACUGAAGAUUUUUUUCCAACGAUGUGCUCUUGAAUGAUCUCGGCUGCUUUUUUUAACCUCAGAAUUUUUCCUAUUUUUUUCGGGCCUCUUUCAGAAACAUGAACUUGAAAAAUAAUUCAUUCAGCAUUUUGAAAUUUUUGAAUUAAUCCUCUCAAAAUAUUUCAUGAAGAAAUUACUUACUACUUUCUUACAGCUCGAUGUUCGUCGCCAUCGGCCUCGCGAUCGCCACCUCGGCUCAAUUCGCCGCCUGGCCGGCCCAGUCCUACUCGCCGUUCUACCAGUCCUUGUUCGGAGCUGCUUCUUCGCCGGUCCUGUCGGCACCUCUCAACGGAGGAGUCGCGCCAGUCGCCGCCGCGCCGCCAGUCUUCGCUGCCCCAGCUCCCGUUCUGGCUGCUCCAGCUCCCGUCUUUGCUGCUCCAGCUCCAGUUUUGGCUGCUCCAGCUCCCGUCUUCGCUGCUCCAGCUCUCCCAGUCGCUGCUCCAGCCGUCGUUCGCGGUCCAGCCUACGCCUACGCUCCGUCGCCGGUCCUGGCUCCUCUCCGUUUGCCGGUCGUCGCUCCAGUCGCCCCAGCCCCAGUCUUCGCUGCUCCAGUUCCAGUACUUGCGGCUCCGCGAUUCGUCCCGGCUUACGCUCCUUUCGCCCGGUCGGCCAUGUUCAUCGGCUCCAACAAGUCUAAAAUGUCAGUUCCUCCUGCUCUUCUUCCACCUAAACUCUCCAUUUUUCAGGAACUAA